UGUUUAGUUCAGGUUCCUUAGCAACACAGGCAACACAAGGCAUUAAGUACCAAAGGUUUUGAGCUGGAGACUGUUUUAAGAGAUAUGUCAAUAGCACAGAGUGCAGACUCCCGGGGGACGACCGGAGAGAGGAGCCACAGUCAAACUAAUCAGGUGCCAUUCACCACUGAAUUUACCAAGAUGCUGACGACAAGCAGUCCGCGCUUUGGUGCCUUGAGUCAUCACUCAUUCUUCUCCCGGCACAACCCUCAUCCACACAGGGUGCGACAUAUUCAAGGACUCAAUGGUAGGCCCGUUUGCAUGGUGAGAGAUGAUUGGUUUGUCACCUCAUCAUUAUUUCCUCAUCCGCUUCUCAAGAGCCAUGUCUACAGGAAAGUAACUGAUCCAUCUUUUGCUUUUCCGCUUGCUCAAAAUCUUUAUGGAGUCAGUAGUAACAAAAUAAAAUCAGCACUAUUUUCGGAGGCCUGGAGGGAUGAACUUAAAGAACUUGUUACAAAAGUCAGUGUGUCUUUUCAAGCCCAAAAGGACAAAAAAGAGGGUCAACCUGAGGAAGAAGUUGUCCGCCGAAAGACCCAAUAUUCAGCUGAAACCGGGAGGAUAAUCCCUGCAGCCAGCAAGUCUUACCAACGCAGAUCCCAUUCCCAGCGCCUGGUGUAUCCUCAGCCCUUCCAUGAUCAAGAACUCAUGGUGUUGGAGCUACUUUGUCAGAUCCUGCAGACAGAUUCCCUGUCCACUGUCCAACAGUGGCUUCUGCUUGCAGGCCAAAGAGAAAAAGACCUGGUGAUGGGGAUGAUCAAACAAGCUCUGGAUGGUGUUGACCUCUCAGGCCAUCAUCAGCAGAACUUGCAGCAGCUCCAGACUUUUCAUCCUGGUGCAUCUCCACCAGUAUAUGGUCCAUCAUUUGACCAGCCGUGGAGAAAACCACAGAGAAAGAGCUCAUACAGAGUGAACCGAGCUUUCAGCGACAACAAACCAGAGAGGAUUGGAGAUGCAGAGGUCCUUGAAGUCCACCCAGGAGAUCACAAUCAUCUUCAAGAUCAUCCACCUCAGCACACGCAGAGUGUAUAGAGUUUCCUGAUUUUCAUGAUGGCGAUAACUAUUUCAUAGUUUCCUUAUUAUGAAAAUUGAUUGGCUCCCUUGUUUAUUGAGCCUAUGAUAUAUGAUUUCACAGGUUUUCUUUAGCAUAUUUGCUUUGUAGAUGUUUCUUAGAAACACAAGCCAAAUUUAAUGAGAGGAGUUCUAGAUUUUAUUUGCACUUCAAUAAUACAAUACACUGUAGGUGUGAUAGUGGUACAUGAUACUGUGGAUGAUGUUACAUAAUUGUAUAUCACUUGUCUGUUGGAUCAUGUUUUGAAACUGAGAAAAGCAAAGUGACAAGUUUAACAGGUGUAACCUGUUGUUUUCAGGGAAAUAAAACUUAAACAUUGA